AUGGCAACGUAUCUUUAUCAAUGGGGAAUUAUACAUGAUUGUCAAACAAGUAAGCGAAUUAAAUGUAACGUACCAGUGAAAAUGACCAUGGGUCAACGAAUUGAAAGUCAGUUCGUUCAGGUUACAUGCGGAACGAAUCUUACACUUGUUCUCGAUUCGAACCAUCGAGUAUAUGUCAUAGGCGACGAGCCAAAAUAUGGUCGACUCGGUCAAGGCGAUGAUAAAACGAUCGUCCCUACGUUAACUCCAAUCAAAGGAAAAGUUCCGCCGAUUGAGUUUAUCGCAUCUGGACCAUCGACAAGUAUUCUAUUAACCACCGAUCGAAGAGAAUUGUGGGGCUUUGGAAAAGGUAUAGGACAUGUUGCACAACCGAUUCUCGUAUCCGAAGAACUGAUUACUCAUUGUACUUGUGGUGAAAAUUCUGUGAUUGUUGUUCUGAACAAUCGUCAGAUAAGAGAAAGACGUUUUAACCGCGAUGGAUUUACUACCGAAUGGAUUUGUAUUUAUGAAUUGAAUGAUAUGAAUGAUACCAUUCGACAUAUUGACAUGGGUGCAUCCGUAAAUGGAUUCAUUACUGAACAAGGUCAUGUUUACCUUUGGGGAUCGACAGUUCCCGUCGGAAAAGUUUCCAAAGAUGAAAAUUAUCGAAAUGUCUCAAUCAAUGAGCCAUUACAGCAUGAUUUGCCGAACGACAACAAUGGUCGUCCCGUUCAGAUCUCAUGCAGUCGUGGACAAUUUCAUGCGCAUGUUUUACUACUUACAGAUCAAGGCUGUAUCUAUGCAAUGGGUUCGAAUUAUAAAGUCAAAUUAGGAGUUGAUGCUGACGUGCCCUUUACCGGCCAAUGGACGUUAAUCGAACUGACUCGUACAUGUCCGUUCAAAAUGAUCGCUACUGGUGGAAUACACUCAAGUGCUCUAGCCGUCGACGGACGUGUUUUUACAUGGGGUUGUGGUUCCGACGGUCGAUUAGGACAUUCCGAAGCACAGGGUCAUCGAUAUUUAUACAAAGAAAGCGAACCCCGACCGAUCGAAUCAUUAAGUAAACAAGUCCUGUACGUUGCUACUUCUUAUUAUCACAUGGCAGCAAUUACCGGCUCGUAA